ACAUUUUAUUAAGCAUUUGUUAAAGUUUAAAGGUGAAACUUAGUCUUUUAAAUUGUGUGUAAACGACUGGUGAAUUUUAAAUAAAAUCAUUAAGAUUUAUAAAAUAUUUUAUUAUCAAUAAGAAACAAAACCAGCUUUUAUCAUAAACCAGCCACAAAACUGUCUGCGUUCCCAUCCUUCCCAGCAUGCCCUUCCAUCCUCCAUCCCUCUCCGUUCUCAUCCUCCUAGUUGCCGUGGCAGCUGUGAUGUCUGUCUCCAUGACAACAACGCUCCAAAGCUUCCGGGGCUGCGCAGUGCGUGAUUUCUCCUUUGUGGCUUUUAAGCCCGGCUGCAGGGGGCUGCACAUCACCACAGAAGCCUGCUGGGGGCGCUGUCACACCUGGGAGAGACCCAUACUUGAGCCCCCGUUCAUCCACCGACACCACCGCGUGUGCACCUACAGUCGUAUCCGACACAUGACGGCCCGCCUGCCGGGCUGCCAGCCCAACGUCUCAGCUCUGUACCACUACCCCAUGGCGCUGCACUGCCACUGCUCCAUCUGCUCCACACAGGACACGGAGUGUGAGACGUUCUGACGGACCCAACCUGGUGGAUCUCUUUUGGCUUCAUACUCACUCCUUCCCGUUCCGACCCAGCCCACCUUUUUUUAUCCGCUCAUCACUCGUCUCUUGUGUUUUCUACAGUUAGUUGUCUUAUCCUUACUUUUUUCU